AUGGAACGGGCAGAGUCCAUAAAGAAAGCUGUGGAUCAGCAUCUGCCGUCAAAAGAUGGAUUUGAAACUCAUAUGUUCAGAAUUGGCUCAUACAACCGUUCUGUGGGAGAUCCUUUCUCUCUUCCAUAUGAUGAUUCUACAAUGGCUUUAUUGAUCUUGAGUACUCCAGAUAUGUUUGAUGUUGCAUUUCGCAAAUGGGUCGUUCAGAAAACGAUGGAGUUUGGAUCAUUUGAUAUGAGCGAGUUCGUUUCUUCUCCAAUCCAAAGCUUCCUGGAAGAUCGCUUAGAGGAUCUUAGCGAAAAACUCCAAUCAGUCGAAGAAAACUUUGAAAUUCUACACGACUACAUGACGCCCCAACGUCGUCCGAAAAUUCUGAUGCAAACUUGUGGACACGUAGCAGGAGCUGCUUUCUAUUAUCAACCAUGCCAUUUUCAAGAAGAUGGGCUGGCAUGGCCUUCAUCAGGUCGCAUGGGUCCGAAUCUAAAGUUCAUCGGACUCAGUCUCCAUCCAAUCUACGGUGGCCACUUUGCCUUUCGAUCUGUUCUAAUUUUCCCAAAUGUGUUGAUUCCGGAUUUCAAGGAAAGUGUUCCUCUUCCCAUUCUAAAAGAGGCUUCAGAAGUUCGUACAGCACUUGAGAAGUUCAAUUACAAUUGGAAGGACUCUGGAUUCCGCGACUUUGGAAAUCCAGCUCGUCGAUAUUCCACAACUCAAAUGGAAUUUUUCGGGCGGCCAGUUGCCGAACGAUGGGAAGUGUUGAGGCCAUGGAUCGAGGGUGGAGCGAAGCAUAUCGAUUAA